UACGAUAUAUAAGGAAGCGCGUUCAAUGAAUUAUCAUAACAGUUUGAAACACCGGCGUGAUAAUGACAUCAACGAUAAAACUGUUCUUGUUGACAUUAACAUUGUCACUGACUUAUAACGAUGCGGCAAAAAUACUCGGAUUUUUUCCACUUCCAUCCAUCAGCCAUCAAGUAAUCUUCAGGCAUUUAACAGAAGAACUAGCGAGACGAGGACAUGAAGUCACAGUCAUCACCACAGAUCCUGCCUACCCUAAUGGUGAUGGACCAGCUAAUUUAACAGAAAUUGACGUCCACGACUUUUCAUAUGAACAAUGGAGGAUAUUGUACAAAUUAACUUCAACCGGGGAAAGAGAUUUGAUUGGACAGAUACGAGGAGCCUACCACACGCUGGUAAACAUAGUGGAGAUGCAGUUGAAAGUGGAACCAGUACAGAAAAUGUUAAAAGAAGAAAAGUUUGAUUUGCUCUUGUUAGAGGCAUGUGUAAGACCAGCAUUACUUCUGUCGCAUGUAGUGAAAGCGCCUGUAAUUCAAGUGUCGUCUUUGGGAACUAUAGAUUUUAAUGUGGGCACUAUUGGAUCAGCCUGGCACCCCUUCCUAUACCCAGAUACUUUGAGCCAGCGUUCAUAUAACUUGACUAAAUGGGAGAAGAUUCGUGAGUUUUACACUUAUUACAAGUUAAAUAGAGUUAUGAAGGAAGUAGAAGAUGCAGAAAACGUUAUGGCUAAAAGAAUGUUCGGUCCUAAUGUUCCAAGUAUAAAUGAAUUGAAAAAUAAUGUUGAUUUAAUGUUGUUGAAUACUUACCCUCUUUGGGACAACAAUCGCCCAGUGCCUCCUAGUGUCGUGUAUAUGGGUGGUCUGCAUAAAAAUCCACAGAAGGAACUGCCAAAGGAUCUGAAGGAAUAUCUAGACUCCUCGAAGAACGGUGUAGUGUACAUCAGUUUUGGUACAAACGUUCAGCCUUCACUGUUACCACUAGACAGAGUGCAACUUAUGGCUAAAGUUUUCUCUGAACUUCCUUACGACGUGCUAUGGAAGUGGGACAAGGACGAACUGCCAGGACGCUCUAAGAACAUCAGGAUAUCAAAAUGGCUGCCACAAUCUGAUUUGCUCCGGCAUCCCAAGAUCAAAGUGUUCAUAACACAAGGAGGUCUACAAUCAGCUGAUGAAGCUAUUACUGCAGGAGUGCCUCUGAUUGGUGUUCCCAUGCUUGGUGAUCAAUGGUACAAUGUGGAAAAAUAUGUCCAUCAUGGGAUUGGUCUACAACUUGAUCUACUCACAAUGACUGAAGACGAUUUUAAGAAUGCUAUUUUGACAAUCCUGAAUAAUGAUAGUUUCCGUCGGAAUAUGGAAAAGCUACGCAGUGUGAUUUACGACCAGCCUCAACCUCCACUAGAGCGUGCAAUAUGGUGGACGGAACACGUGCUGCGUCACGGCGGCGCGAGACAUCUGCGAGGACCUGCAGCCAACAUGUCGUGGACAGAGUACCUCGAACUACAAUUAGUAUUCACCGUUUUAGCUGUAGUUCUAGCCAUUACUUUAGUAUUAUUCUACCUAAUGUACAGUAUAUGGAAGUAUUUAACUAAUAUCAUAAAUCCAAGCAAAAAGUUAAAGAAGAAUUAGGAAUUUGAAUGUCUUGUCGUUGUUACUAUUUAAAUUAAAUUAUUUUAUGUAAAACCAAGUGAUACAAUUAACAAUAAUAUUAAUAAAAAUGAGCUGUGAUAAAUAAAACAACAGUGAAU